UCGUGAGGGUAUCUGGCUCUUGCAAGUUGCCACCUACCAUCAGGGCCUCGCCCAGCGAUGCAGAAAGCCACCUACUACGACAACACCGCCGCCGCACUCUUCGGAGGCUACCCCUCAUACCCUGGCAGCAAUGGCUUCGGCUAUGACGGUCCCCCUCAGCCCCCCUUCCAGACCACCACGCACCUGGAAAGUGACUACCAGCGCUCAGCGUGCUCGCUGCAGUCCCUGGGCAACGCCGCCGCGCACGCCAAGGGCAAGGAACUCAACGGCAGCUGCAUGAGGCCGGGCCUGGCCUCAGAGCCCCUGCCGGCUCCGCCCGGCUCGCCCCCGCCCAGCGCCGCACCUACCAGUACCACUAGCAACAGCAGUAACGGGGGCGGUCCCAGCAAAAGCGGCCCCCCCAAGUGCGGUGCCGGCUCCAACUCCACCCUCACCAAACAGAUAUUCCCCUGGAUGAAAGAGUCGAGGCAAACGUCCAAGCUGAAAAACAGCUCCCCUGGCACAGCGGAGGGCUGCGGCGGCGGCGGAGGAGGCGGCGGCGGCAGUGGCGGCAGCGGGGGUGGCGGCGGGGGAGGGGACAAGAGCCCCCCGGGGUCUGCGGCCUCCAAGCGGGCGCGGACGGCGUACACGAGCGCGCAGCUGGUGGAGCUGGAGAAGGAGUUCCACUUCAACCGCUACCUGUGCCGGCCGCGCCGCGUGGAGAUGGCCAACUUGCUGAACCUCAGCGAGCGGCAGAUCAAGAUCUGGUUCCAGAACCGGCGCAUGAAAUACAAGAAGGACCAAAAGGCCAAGGGCCUGGCCUCGUCUUCGGGGGGCCCCUCCCCCGCCGGCAGCCCCUCGCAGCCCAUGCAGUCCACGGCCGGCUUCAUGAACGCCUUGCACUCCAUGACCCCCAGCUAUGAGAGCCCGUCCCCGCCCGCCUUCGGCAAAGCCCACCAGAAUGCCUAUGCGCUGCCCUCCAACUACCAGCCCCCCCUCAAAGGCUGCGGCGCCCCGCAGAAGUAUCCCCAGACCCCGGCGCCCGAUUACGAGCCUCACGUCCUUCAAACCAACGGGGGCGCCUACGGGACGCCCACCAUGCAGGGCAGCCCCGUGUACGUGGGUGGGGGCGGCUACGCGGAUCCGUUGCCGCCCCCUGCCGGCCCCUCCCUCUACGGCCUCAACCACCUUUCCCACCACCCCUCGGGGAACCUGGACUACAACGGGGCGCCCUCUAUGGCCCCCAGCCAGCACCACGGACCCUGCGACCCCCACCCUACCUACACAGACCUCUCCUCUCACCAUGCGCCUCCUCCUCAGGGUAGAAUCCAAGAAGCGCCCAAGUUAACACACCUGUGA